AUGAAUGAUAGCUAUGAUAGCUUAUUUAAAAUUUUAUUAAUUGGGGAUAGUGGUGUUGGGAAAUCUUGUUUACUCCUUCGUUUUGCUGAUGAUACAUACACAGAUAGCUACAUUAGCACAAUAGGAGUUGACUUCAAAAUUAAAACAAUCGAAAUUGAUGAUAAAAUUAUAAAACUUCAAAUAUGGGAUACAGCGGGGCAGGAGAGGUUUAGAACAAUAACAUCCUCAUAUUAUAGGGGAGCACAAGGUAUAAUAAUAGUAUACGAUGUAACCGAUAGAGAUAGCUUUAAUAAUGUCAAAAACUGGAUCAUCGAAAUAGAAAAAUAUGCAUCAGAAGAUGUUCAAAAAAUUUUAAUAGGAAACAAAAUUGAUUUAAAAAACGACAGGAGUGUAAGCUAUGAAGAAGGAAAAGAGCUAGCUGAAAGUUGCAAUAUUCAAUUUUUAGAAACAUCAGCAAAAAUAUCUCAUAAUGUUGAACAAGCAUUUAAAACGAUGGCAUAUGAAAUAAAAAAUAAAUCACAACUUGAAAAUCAGCAAAAAGGAAGAACCAACAUAAACUUAAAUGCAAAGCCAAUUAAGGAUAAUAAAAAAAAAUGUUGUUAA